AUGGCAUUCUCAAUACCACCAGGUUUCCGUUUCAAACCCACUGAACAAGAACUUAUCACACUUUUCUUAAAACGCAAAGCAAUGGGAUUCCCAUUGACAUGCAAUAGAAUUAUUGAUCGAAAUUUAUACGGGAAGAAUGGUACCCCAUGGGAUGUUUUUUCCAACAAUGAUCCAUGGGAAAUUGUUGGGGAUUCUGAAGUUGAUGUUUUGAAGAAGGAAAUUUAUGUGUUUACGAAGUUGGAAAAGAUCACUAGAAAACAUAUUGUUAGGGUGGCCGGUUGUGGAACAUGGGACGGAAAAUCUACGCCGAAGGAUAUCUGGAACUGCGAGGGCAAAAUCAUUGGCGUCAAGAAGUGGUUUACGUUCAAAGUGAAUGGCAAUUUGACGCAAGACGAGCUAAAUAAGAAGCAUGGUCGUUGGACAAUGCACGAAUAUACUUUGAAAGGAAGUUCUUUCGAGGGAGUGGAUAACACGGAUUAUGCCGUUUGUCGAAUUUCAUGGGAGCUGCCAAAAUGCUGCGUCGAAGAAGAGAGAAGGCCGACUAAUAUGUCUGAUAUAGAAUUUCCAAGUUUAAUUGAAGAAAUUACUUGGAACCAAGCAUUGCGCGAUCAGGAGCAGAACUCUGAAGCUAAUUUGCCUUUGCCUGAAAUGACUCACGAAGAAGGUUUACGUUGUAUUGAAGAACACUUUACUUUCCCUGAUAAUGUUUAUGUUUAG